AGUCAUUUAGUCUAUGUGUGUUCACAUUCGAAACCAACUUUCCUUUUGUUCUUUUCACCUACCAUCACUCCAAUCUGCUGGGUUCGCGCCCACCAUUGCCAUUGUCAUUAGAUCAGGCCCGUCCAAUCCUAACGUGGCGAAAAACUCCUCCUUCCCACCCAUGUUAUCUUCUUUUCUUUUCCCAUUUUAAAUAUAUUUAUUUAUUCUCUCCAUUUACACAUUCAUCAUCAAGUAGAAAACAAAAUAAUCAUUCACCAAUGGUUUUAUUUUAGCACCCUUAAUUUUGAUUUGAAAUUCUAGAAAAUAAACAAAUUCUCAAUCGGAAAUUCCUAAAUUCUUCAAAACCUGACUGGUAGGUACGUUCUGGCGGUGUUUCUUCGUCAAUCUAUAAUCAUCAGCAACAAUAAGCAUAGCUGAAGACGAUUUUACAUUAUAUUAGAGUUUCUACUUACUACUCCAUCAAUAUUGCGUCGCUCCAAUUUCUAGGGUUUAUCAUCACAUAUAUAGUUCUGUCAUAUAUAUGUUAUUAAAUUAAAUGGCCGGCGCCGGCGACCUAGAUUCCGAUGCAGUGCUCAGUGACGUUGAGGACGACGGAGGUGAUUCGAUUCCUGUAGAGACGAAGGCUCCCUCCUCAGGUGAUGUCUCCGUCGAGAAACUCCGGGAGGUUCUUGCAGAACUCGAUCGGGAGCGGCAAGCGCGCGUUGCCGCGGAAAAUACGAAGUCCGAAUUACAGGUUUCGUUCAACCGAUUGAAGACUUUGGCUCACGAGGCUAUAAAGAAGCGCGAUGAGUUUGGCCGCCAGCGAGACGACGCCGUUCGCGAGAAGGAGGAGACGGCGAAGCAACUUGAAGAAAAUAAGAAGCAACUGGAAGAAACGACGAAGGAACGCGACGCGCUGCGAUCGGAGAUUGGGAAUUCGAGCCACAUGCUCGUCACUGGCAUGGAGAAGAUCUCGGCGAAGGUGAGCAACUUCGCCGGCAGCGCGCUGCCGCUUCCGAGGUCGCAGAAAUACACGGGAAUGGCGGCGGUGGCGUACGGCAUCAUCAAGCGCGCCAACGAGAUUGUAGAGGAGCUUUUGAAGCAGAAUGAAGCGGCUGUUAAGGCUAGGAACGAGGCCAGGGAGCAAAUGGAGCAGCGGAAUUACGAGAUUGCCAUUGAGGUUUCUCAGCUUGAGGCCACGAUUAGUGGCUUGAGGGAUGAGGUUGCGAAGAAGGUUUCGAUUGUUGAGGAUUUGGAGAGGGAUUUGGCUGUUAGGGACAAGAGGCUGAAUGAGGUUGCGGAGAAUUUGAGUAAGGAGCAAAGUGAGGCUUUGCAAUUGAAGGACUUUGUUGGUGAGUGUGAGGACAAGUUGAGUAGUUUGGAGUCUCGAAUAGAAUCCCAGAGACCUUUGUUGAUCGACCAGUUGAGCCUUGUUUCCAAAAUUCAUAACCAGAUUUGCAGUGUUGUUAAGAUAAUUGAUGAUGAUGGCACCGAGGAGCUAUCUGAAUCUUUGUUUGUUCCGCAAGAAACAGACGUUGAGGAGAAUAUACGGGCCUCUUUGGCUGGGAUGGAGUCCAUAUUUGAGUUGACUAAAAUUGUUGUUCAGAAAGCAAAGGAAGUGCUUGAGGAGAAGAAUAGUGAGAUCAAAAGUUUAGAUGAGACGGUGGCUCGGUUGGUUAGAGAGAAGGAUCAAAUUGGUUCUUUGCUUCGAAGUGCAUUGUCCAAGAGGAUGGCAAUCGAUCCAUCAUCUAGAAAGAAUGAGCUUUUUCAAGCUGCAGAGAACGGGUUGAGGGAGGCUGGAAUAGAUUUCAAAUUCAGUAAGCUUCUCGGAGAUGGAAAAGUUGCAGCUUCAAAUGAGAAGUUGGAUAGAACGGAAAAAGAAGAGGAUGAAAUAUACUCUUUGGCUGGUGCUUUGGAGGAUGUUGUUAAGGCAUCUCAGCUUGAGAUCAUUGAGCUGAAGCAUACAGUGGGUGAAUUAAGGGCAGAGUUGAGCUUACUUAAGCAGCAUGUAGAAGCUCAGGCCAAGGAGCUUGACCAAAGAAUGCAUCGGAUAGAGGAACUUGAAGAAAAGGAGAGAGUGGCAAAUGAAAAUAUUGAAGGGCUAAUGAUGGACAUCGCUGCUGCUGAAGAGGAAAUUAACAGAUGGAAAGUGGCAGCAGAACAAGAGGCUGAUGCAGGCAGAGGUGUUGAACAGGAAUUUGUCUCACAGUUGGCAGCACUUAAGCAGGAACUUGAAGAGUCAAAGCAAUCCAUGUUAGAAUCAGAGAAGAAACUAAAAUUCAAAGAAGAAACAGCUGCUGCUGCCAUGGCGGCCAGAGAUGCAGCAGAAAAAUCUCUUAAGUUAGCUGACUUGAGGUCAUCUAGACUAAGAGACAGAGUUGAGGAGCUUACUCAUCAGCUCGAAGACAUUGAAAACAGGGAAGAUUCAAAGGGCCAAAAUCGGCCUAGGUAUGUGUGUUGGCCAUGGCAGUGGCUUGGCAUGGACUUCGUUGGAUUUCAGCAGCGACCUGCUACACAACAGGAGGCUUCUAAUGAAAUGGAGCUUUCUGAACCUCUGUUGUAAUUGGGCCUUUUCUUGUCUUUUCUUUCUUUCUUUCUUAUCUUCUUCUUUUGUGUAUCUAUGUUGAUUUCUUUUGAUUCAUGUUACAAAUUGUAGUUAUCCAUCAA